AUGUAUUAUCUGAAAGAUAAAUCCAAUGAGUCAAGUUUGACGUGUUUUCAGUUUCGCUGUUACUUAAUUAAGAGUGAAAAUUAUAUAUAUUUAGUGAUUGAUAUAUUCAAAUUCUUCAUUAAAUAUUCGACGACAUUUAAAGAAAAAAAUGAACGAAAGGAAAUCCAUCGCAAUUCACACAUGUUAUUAAUUCUUUUAUCUCGAAUGUUAUCAAUAUAAUAAAAUAUAUAAUGAUAAAAUAAAUUAUUUAUCACAUGGAACACAGUCGCCUGUUGAAGUUUCUUGUACCAGGAGACGAUAACAAGCACGACAUGGAUGAUGAUAAGCUAUCCUCGCCGACAUUAAAAGUACAACAUGACUAUCAUGAUCCCGAUAACGUACAUGCGAUAGUACCAGGAACGCAGGAACUUAGAGAGGUAGAUGGCGCCACAACCAGUUCGACAAGCACGCAACUAGAGGCCGAAAUUCAAAAUGGCGGCUACACAGUCACGAGGACGUCUUACCAGGAGAUCAGUGAAACGGUCGAAGGAAUUAAGACCACAAAAACAACAGUCACGUUAUCCGCCGAAACGAAUCAAGGAAAAGAGACCACGGAAGAUACGCGUCCAAAAACCAGAAUACCUAAAUUAAAAUUCAGGCAAGCAGCAGAGAGACUCGCUGCUGAAAGGAGAAGGAAUAGGCAACAGCAGGAGAAGCCGAAAUUGGAGAGUCUCAUACCAGUAGCGAAAUCCUCGACCGUGAAGCGAAGCAGGUUCGGUGGAACACCGGCAUUGACUGCGAAGCCGGUUGUUGUGAAACGCGAAACGAGGAAGCUGACAGACUCAGAGCCGGACGAUGAAUUCGAAAAGAUAUACGAAGAGAUAGCGAAUAGUGCAAGCGAAAUUGACACUAACAUACUAGACGUUAGAAUCGAAGAUCCCGAGAAUCUAGAAAGCAAAUUUGAGGAGAUCGUUCAUGAUUACGACGAAAACAGAAUCCAACCAAUCAGGAUCCCAAAGUUUCCGCGACGCCUCACGCAUCGUACAAGCGAAAAUCUACCUAAAAUCAAUAACGAAAGGAUUAAAAUACGCAAUCCUAAAUUGAAAGAAUUAGCAACGCGUGUCCAGGAUGACAAUGAAAAUCUCGGGAACACUAAAUACGUAAGGACCCUUAGUGUUGAUGCAAUACGUGAUCUAAAGCAAACCACAUACUCAAUAGAACUUGGCUCUGAUAGUAAACGAAGUAUAUCGAUUAGUGAAGCUAUCGAAAAAACUCCUAAUAACGAAAACUCUAUUAAAUACACUAAAAUAACAACAAAUUUAAAAAUAGAAGACCUUAAAAUGAGACAGUCAGACGAAUUUACCUCUGCCACUGCUGAUACAGCAAAUAUUAACAAUAACGUAACAGCCGAAGACGAUAGAAAGUUACAGGCUAAUGCUGUCAUAGAAGCCAAAAUUCCUCAAGAUAUUUCCCAAGCAUCAAAGUACACUGAAGAUGCAGUUGUGAAACAAAACAGUCAUGAACACAGUGCAGAUAAAAUAUCGAAUUUCAACGAGACUGACACUAAUCAAGAUGUACCAGACGCACCAAGCGACAUGAUUAUCAGUAAUGGCAGAAAAUCUGAAGACGCUAUCCAAAAUUCCAAUGUAACUAAACCUGCAAAUCUACACGAGACUGGAUUACGAAAAGAUACAAAAAGUUUAGAAGCAACCACACGUAAAUUUAAUAUAAAUACAGAAAAUCAUUUUACCGAACUAAACAACAAUGGAAGGAGUGUAGAAGAUUUGAAUCACUACAAUCGAAUUGACGAUGAUAAUAAACAUCUUAAUCAAAAACCAAUCGACACUGAAGACAAUAAAAACGCAUACGAACAAACAGAAGUAGAAAGUCUAACUGUAGCGACAAAACAAACUUACGGAAACGUUAAGGAUGACACAAUAAAUCCAGCCGCUAAAUACAAAAUAGACAAAAAAGAUACAAAAGAUAAAUCCGACAUCUCUAACAGAGAACUAGACGGAAAAGGUGAAUUCGAAGUGGUUAAAGGAAAUGCUAAAGAUGACACAAUAAAUCCAGCCGAUAAAUACGAAAUAGGUAAACAAGAUAUAAAAGAUAAAUACGAGAUCUCUAACAGAGAAUUAGAUGUGAAAGGUGAAUUCGAAGUGGUAAAAGGAAAUGCUAAAGAUGACACAAUAAGUCCAGCUAAAUACCAAAUAGACAAAAAAGAUAUAAAAGAUAAAUCCGACCUCUCUAACAGAGAAUUAGAAGUAAAAGGUGAAUUCGGAGUGGUAAAAGGAAAAGUGGCUAGGUUGGCCAAGCUUGACUCGGAGGGUGGCACCGAAAGAAAGAUUUCAGAACAAAACUGCGAAGUCCCUAAGAAGAAAAGUAUAUUAUCCAAGAUAGCAUUGUUUGAGCGUCAAGAUGUCAAUGACCUGAGUCCAAAGAGAAAGAAUCGUCCACCUAAAAUUGAAAUUUACAAUUCAAUAGAAAAAGUGCACGUGCACACUCCGAAAAUCGUGGACGAAGUCCUGAAACCAGUGCAAGAAAAAAUAAACGUUAACGUCUCAGAAAUAAAGGGCAAUGUCGUAUCCACAAAUAAAACUUUACACAAUGCUUCCCUUGAAACUAUAAAGAAAAUUGAAACAAAACGCGCUGACGUUGACUAUAUAAAAGUAACGGAGACAAAAGUCGAAAGAGCCACUAGUCCUAUUUGGAAAAUGGACUUUAAUGCCAUAUUGAAUAACAGCGAUAGUCCCAUGUUAGUUGAUGCGCCGGUAAUUUUACCGUCACCAAACGUAAUUGGAAAAUCAUUCGACGGCGUCAAUAGAGAUGAAAUUUCAAAAACCGCUGUGACCGAACAGAAUAACAUUUCGAAAGAAAUAUUAACACCUGUUCACAGGAAUUUCGACCAAAACUCGACUGCAGAGAUUCGAUAUUCAAAUGAAACUAUUGAUUGGAGAACAAAAAGUAUGAGUAAAUUUUCUAGGACCACUUCACACGAAAAUAAUCUUAAUUCACCGAAACUUAAAACCGAUACUCCCGUACCCAAUGAUAUUGAAAUAAGAUUCACUGGAAGCAAGUUUGAAUUCUCAACGAAUCGAAUAAGUGAAUCGUUCGAUAAUAGUCUUAGAAUCCAACAAAAUAAUGUUGAAAAUAGAAUAAUUAAGGAACCCAAAUCGCCUAGAAUCUUCGACAGACCGAGCACAGAAGAAAUGAUAAACAGAUUCGACGUUAAAAAGACUACAAAUGAAAACAAACCUUAUGUUUCAAACAACAAGGACGUUAAAAUUAGAACAGAUAUUCGAACGCCGAUUUUUGAAAAAGAAUUAUGGACGAACAAAUCAUUUGAAUAUAAACCCAGUCACGUUAGAAAUAAAGACGAAAAUUACAUCAAAUUCGAAAAUGACGCCGGAAGGAAUUACCACAGUUUAAAUAAUAAUUUGAACGUCACUAAAUACAACGAUGAAAGCGUUUUUAGUUCAGACAAAAAUGAGCCUAAUCUUUGUAGCGUAAGGCAUAGAAUCGUCGACGUGGAGAAACGCUCGAAGUCGCUCGCCGAUUCUCAAACUGUCGGUAAAGCGAAUAAUAGUUUUUUAAGCCGAAUGAAAUCAGUUGACAGAUUUGAAAACGUCAAACGGGAUGGCGGCGUCAAAGAUUUGGCGGGAAAACUUUCAGUGUCGGAGAGAAUCGCCUUGUUCGAAAGGAAGAUAACUUCGGUCAAGAUGGAGGAGUCUCCCGGAAGCGGGCGUCGGCGUUUGGACAACGGCAAACAAAAACGAGACACGAGAGACCUCACAGAUGAACAAUAUAAGACCAGGGUCGCAGAACUGAACGAAGCUAAGCUGAAAGGGAGCGUGAAGGAAGUGGCUACUUUGAAACUACGCGACGGGACAUUCAUGCCGGUCAUAGCCUUGGGCACGGCUUUGCUUCCUCCACGGUUAGCAACGGAAAUAGUCGAGACAGCUAUUGAUAUGGGCUACAGAGCUAUAGAUACCGCUUAUAUUUACGGCAACGAAAAGCUCAUAGGAAAAGCGAUCAAGAACAAGAUUGACGACGGCACCGUGAGGCGAGACGAGCUCUUCAUUAUGGGUAAAUUGUGGAGUACAUUCCAUCGCACUGAUCUGGUGGAGACGGCCUGCAGGAUUUCACUGGCAGACCUGGGCUUGGAGUUUUUCGACCUCUUCCUCAUCCACAAUCCAAUGUCUUUGAAGGAAGGCAACAGUUCUAUACCGAAGAUAUCAUCAGUGAUCCAAUACUCUGAGUUCGACUACAUGGACGCCUGGUUCGGCAUGGAAGACCUCGUAGCGAAAGGCUUGGCCAAGAACAUCGGGGUCAGCAACUUCAAUUCGACCCAGAUCCAGAAGAUUUUAGACAAAGGCAAAGUCAAGCCCGCCGUUAACCAGGUCGAGUGUCAUCCGUACCUGACUCAGCAGCGCCUCCACAAGUUCUGCGAGGAAAAGGAGAUUAUUCUGAGCUGCUUCAGCGUACUAGGGUCGAAGGGGACUCCGACAGAAUACAAGAGCAACAACUUCUCCGUCAUCGAUGAUCCCCUGGUACAAGUGAUGGCUUCCGGCCUCGGGAUCACGCCCGCCCAGCUGCUCAUCAAAUACCAGAUCCAAUGCGGUCACAACGCCAUCGUGAAAGCCUCCACCGGAGCCCACCUGUGGGACAACCUUCAGGCGCUGAAUGUAGACUUAACCACGGAACAUAUAAACGCAUUGAACGCCCUAAACAAAAAUAAGCGAACCUUCACAUUCGUUGGAAUGGGUGAAACUCACAAAAACUACCCGUUUUUAGCGCCAUUUUAAAUUUACAAAACAUUCAUGUUUUUAAUUUUUUUCAUAUUUUUUUGACAUAAUUUUAUAGUUUUAAGUAUUAUUUUGACAUUAUAAUAUUAUUAUUUUUUGCGUUUCAACGAACGAUGUCGUUGUAAUAAUUACUUGUAAGUCUUCAAAUUAGUUCAAACGUCCAGACACAUUUUUCAAAAUGGCGUAUUUUGACUUUUUAUUAACACUUGUAAAUACGCACUGGUAUUAUUUUAUUAAUAUAUUAUUACAAUUUUUUUUACUGAAUGCCUCGCAAAAUAUGGCUGGACGGAUUAAAAAUUAAGUAACUCUAGAAUAAGUGAGUAGGGAAAACGUCACAAGUAUAGUUUUAAACAAACCAUAAGUUUCAUUAUAUCUGUUUUGUAUACAUGAUAUUCAAAAUUUCCUAAUUAUUAAAUAUUAUCAAGACUUGGAGCGUAUCGGUCUUCGUCGUCACAAUAAUAAUUGUCGGGACAUUAAUAACAACUUUACCGUACAGAGCAUUAUCAGAGUAUAUUUUUGAAUUUUUACGAUAUUUUUUAAGACAGCGUCAUCUCCUAUUACCAAACAUAAGUAAUUGAACAUAUGGUCGUGUAAAGAAUAUUUUAAAGCAUUAAAAAAACUUGGAGCGUAUCGGUUUUCGUCGUCACUGACAUCAAAUAAUAAUAGUCGGGAUAAUAAUAUUUCUAACGUAAUUCUCACUCAAUACAGAGCAUUAUCAAACUAUAUUUUAGUAUUAAGAUAAUUUUAAUGCAGCGCCAUCUCUUGUUAACGGACGUAAUUAAUGGCACAUGAUGACGCGGUAGAAUAUUUUGAAAGGAAGUUUUUUUUUUGUAUUCAUUCCAUUAAGUGAUUAUUAUAACUGGCGGCCUAAUAUUGACAUGGUAAUAAAAUAAUUAAUGAUGUAAUAAUGUCAAUUUAUGAAUACAAUUU